AUGGCCGUCACUAACGGCAACGGCCUGAACGGCCAACACACCAACGGUACCAACGGUACCAAUGGAUCGCACCACCAUGCAGAUACCGGUGACGCCCCUUUGAAUGCCAUCAUCAUCGGCGCUGGCAUCGGCGGCUUGACCGCUGCCAUCUACCUACGGCAACAAGGGCACAGAGUUACCGUUCUGGAACAAUCCCGCUUUGCAUGCGAGUUGGGCGCGGCGGUGCAUCUAGCGCCCAAUAGCAACGGCGUGCUCAAGCGUAUCGGCAUCGACGCAGAGACAUUCGGCGCCGUUGAGACCGAGUUCCUGUCCGAGUACGAGAUGGAUGGCAAGGUCAUCCAUUCAUUGCCUACGGGCGAGAUGGGCAAGAUGUUCCAGCAUAAAUGGCUCUUGGUGUACCGCGUACAUCUGCACGAGGCUCUCAAGAAGCGCGCCACCGAAGCCGAGGGGCAAGGCGUUCCUGUCGAGCUGCGCACAUCAAGCCGAGUUGUCGACGUCGACCCGGCGACCGCUACCGUAACGCUAGAGAACGGGGAGACGGUGCAGGGAGACCUAGUCAUUGGCGCAGACGGCGUUCACUCCAAGGCCCGCCCCAAGGUUCCCGGCGGCGACGUCACCGCCUCGCCGUCUAGCAAGAGCGCGUUCCGCUUCCUAGUCCCACGUGAGGCGGCGCUGGCAGAUCCACGCUCAGCAAAGUACGCUGCCAGGGACGGUGAGAUGCACAUCAUUUACGGUUCGGAUCGACGCGUCGUCAUUUACCCAUGUGUGAACAACACGAUGCUCAACUUUGUCUGCAUCCAUCCCAAGGAGGAGAGCGAUGCUUCUUCUGAUGAUUGGAACAAGACGGGCAAGAAGAGCAAACUGCUUGAGGUCUACAGCAAGUUCGACCCAGAUGUUGUGGCCCUACUGGACAAGGUCGAUGAGGAAACGCUCAAGGUCUGGGAGCUGCUUGAUAUGGAACCGCUGCCGACCUGGGUCAACGAGAAGCUCGCGCUGCUGGGUGACGCCGCACACCCUUACCUACCGCACCAGGGCCAGGGUGCCGGUCAAGCCAUGGAAGAUGCAGCAGCUCUUGCUGUUGUCCUGCCCAAGGGGACCAAGCCGGAAGAUGUUCCGCAGCGCCUUAAGCUCUACUUUGACUUCCGCUAUGAGCGCUGCACAAAGAUCCAGCGCUUCUCGCAGCAGGCCGGAAGGGAUAUCCAGGACGAACCUCUCGACAUGAACGGCAACUCGACUUACAACUUCAGUCACGACGAAUGGGACAGCGCGUCGGACAAGUUUAGGCGAUGGCAAUGGGCGCAGAACCCACACUUGUACUGGCGACAGCCCGUGGUCUUCGGGCCCAUGCCGGGUCCGCGGCAGGACUUCUUCGGCCGCCCGCGCAAGGCAACGCACAGCACGGCGACGACGGCGUCGAUCAAGUUCAAGACGUCGGCGACGGUGCUGCAGGGCCUGUUCCCCAACUCGCAAUACCGGUUCGCGAAGCCCGGGACCGUAGCGUACGCCAGCUUCUCGCAGACAACGCUGAACAAGAUGGACUGGCUGGGCGGCGGAGGAUACCGUCACUUCGGCCUGUAUAUCCAUGGGGUGCAGUAUACAAAGACCAACGGCGAGACGGUGUCGGGGACGUACAUGCCCAUUCUGUUUGAGAGCUUGGCGGAUCCGAUCGUCAGCGGGCGCGAGGAGCUCGGCAUGCCCAAGCUCUACUGCACCAUCGACAUCCACCGCAGGCACCGCAGCUACCGGCUCCAAACGGGCUGGGAGGGGGCCACCUUUGGCGAGAUCGCGCUCGAAGGGCUCGAGGAGGUGGACCCGGCCGAGGAGAAGGGAACUAUCGGCGGCGAGGCGGACGACGGCAUCAUCGUGUACAGGUACAUGCCUGAGGUUUACCACCGCGGUAAGGCAGCGUCGGAGCACACCGUGUUCGUUCCGCAUGCCGAGGAGGCGAAGGUGGUACCGACGACGGUGAAGCGUAUGUGGAGGGGAAAGACGGGCAGCGUUAAGUUUGAUGCCCUGGAUUGGGACGCGCUGCCCACGCUCCAUCACAUCAUCUCCAGGUUGGCGGAGGUACCCGUGUUUGAGAUCGUGGGCGCGAAAGUGGUUGAAUCCGAGGGCGUUCCCGAUGUGUCAAGCGCGAAGCCCAUGGAGGAGCUGGUCCAGAAGGUUUAG